AUGGGUAUACUUAGUGGUUCUCUCUGGCCAGAGUUGGAAAAACAAACAGCUGAACAAACCUGUCAUGUAAAUGGAUUGGAACUCGAAAUUUCAGAAAUAUUCGACAAAAUAAUAGAACUUGUUUCUGGAGGAUUAUCAACAAAUCCUGAUGCUAUACUGAGAGAAGAAAAAAAAUCAGGAAAACAAGCCAAAAAGCACGAGAUCCGCAAUCCGAAUGCCACGGGGCCGUGUGGAUCAUGUGGUGAAAUAGGCCACGCAAGAUCAUCUUCACCAAAUUCACCGACAACAACACCAACAGUAAGAAGAUUUACGUAUAGCGAUAAUCCCGAGCGAAUGGCCAUCGAUGAAAUCAAAAACACGAUUAUCUCCAUCAACAAAGAUAUUUUUAAUAUGGAUAGAGAUCAAUCAAUUUGUCGGCAUUAUGCUCUGUACUAUAGAUACAUGUUGGCUAGAUACUAUGAUGCUUUGAUAGUCAAGGAUGUGGAAAAGCAGGAAAUAUAG